ACAAAGGCAUUGGCACUGGAUCUCCUGUCCGCCGUUUGCCUAAUUGAAGGCGGUCACGCCCGCGUUCUCAGAGCUUUCGAUCAUCUUCGCCGUACUAUUGGAGAGAACGCCUGCUUUGAGACUCUGGUGCGCGACUUCGUUGUACACGAAAACUUGUCCAUGGAACAGUACAACCUGGAAUACUCGGUGGCUUGCAUUCAAUUCAUCAACAUUAUUGUGCACUCGCCGGAAAAUAUCAACCUCCGGGUUUAUUUGCAGUAUGGUUUCCAGCUUCUAGGACUGGAGGACUUUCUCACGACGUUACAGUCACGUCCGGGCGACAAAGUGAACCGUCACGUGGAUGCUUAUAUGACUAAUCGUGUCAAUUGCUCCCUUCUCCUCGACGACGCCGAAGCUAAGGAAGCUGCCAUGGAAGAGGUCAGUCGCCUGGAGGCUGCAUUGGAAGCUUCCGAAACAUCUGCUCGUCAGGCUGCCGCUUCUUUUAAGGUAAAUGAAUUUUGCCCCUCUAGAGCGCGUGUUGCCUUCCUAAAGGUGGUUUUAAUCGAAAGUAUACAAACAGUCAUAGAUGUUGUACAUGCCUUAAUGUGA